UCUCUCUCUUCUCGUCGCUCGAUUGAUAACCAACCAAGGGAGACAGAUCGCAGAAGAAGGAAGAAGGAAGAAGGAAGAAGGAAGAAGGAAGAAGAAGAAACUCCGAUGUUAGGUUCAAGUUCCACGAUGGGAGCAGCUUCGAGUUGGUCCAGAGCAAUGCUACAGAUCUCUCCAUACACUUUCGCCGCUCUCGGAAUCGCCAUCGCAAUCGGCGUAUCCGUUCUCGGCGCUGCCUGGGGAAUUUAUAUAACCGGAAGCAGUUUGAUCGGCGCGGCUAUUAAAGCUCCUCGAAUUACCUCGAAGAAUCUCAUCAGUGUGAUCUUCUGUGAAGCUGUUGCCAUAUAUGGUGUCAUUGUGGCAAUCAUUCUUCAGACCAAGUUGGAAAGUGUACCUGUAUCACAGAUAUAUGCCCCGGAGUCCCUUAGAGCUGGCUAUGCAAUUUUCGCCUCUGGGAUUAUUGUUGGGUUUGCCAACCUUGUCUGCGGGUUGUGUGUAGGGAUAAUCGGGAGCAGCUGUGCAUUGUCUGAUGCGCAGAACUCAACUCUGUUUGUGAAGAUUCUGGUUAUCGAAAUAUUCGGAAGUGCACUUGGUUUGUUCGGUGUUAUUGUGGCUAUUAUCAUGUCAGCUCAAGCUUCAUGGCCUACCAAGGAGGUGUAACUUGCCAGGUUUCAUUUUGGCAUCACUCUGUUAUAUUUUUUAUUUUAAGUAUUGAUAUUUCAUUUGAUAAUUGGUUGCACAAAAUCCUAAUGUGAGGAGGAGGGUAUUGAAAUUAUCCUGUUUGUUAGCUGCUCGAGUUCUUAAUGCAACUUUUGGGGGCUUUGUCACACUUCUUUUUUGUGAUAUAUUAAUAAGAUAUGUUUGCCUUUUGUCCUUGUA